AGUCAUUCACACAUGGUCGGUCCAAUACACCACAAUUCAAACAACGUCCCAACUGCACACAGCCCAAGCUGCUCGGCUUACUCUCCCACUCUUUCUCUUUCUCUCUCUCUCUCACACACACACACUCACACAAAGAAAACAAACCUGUUUGUCUGCCUGUUAGCUACCCGGAAACUGAUCAGAGAGAGAGAGAGAGGGAGAAAGAGAGGUGAAUGUGUGCAGUUGAGUUCCUGUCCAUAAGCAGCAUGAGCGUGAGUGCCUCUUCAAAAUUUAGGACACAGAGAUACAAUCAGACAGACUGACAGAAAUCUCAUGGAUGAGAGAGAUAAUGGCUGAGCAAGAGCACUAAAUGUCUGUAUGGGUGGAGUGAUGGUGGGACCUGGAGGCUGGUAGAUCUGAGAGUAAAGCUUUAGUAUUUCAACUAUUUUUGGUGUCAUGAUUUUGGGUUACUUUGUAAUGGAGACAUGGCAAAAAGACACAUGACUAGAACUUUGUAUCUAUUUUCUGCGGAGGACCUUUCGUUAUUUUUUGCUAAAACCAGCCUGCAUAGUUUUUUUGUCAGGUGUGGCACAUGUGCUGUUUGGGUAAGUCAGCUUUUCUUGUUCUGCUCGGGAAGAAUGUUUCUUGUGAAACGAAUGUGGCAAUGAUGACAAAUCUUCUUCUCACUUCAUCUGACCCGCGGACCUUGACAUGGGCAGCACAAAGUUUUUAAACUGGAUUAUUGAACUAAGUUUUGCAGUGGUAAGAUGACUGAUGACCUCAGCCUGAGCGUUCUUUGCCUUCUGUCUUUCAAUACUCACCACCUCUAUAUCCUCCAUCAAGUUCUCGACUGUUCAUUUUGAAAUCAUCAUACUUACAGCUGCGUUUGAGCUUUUCCUAUCAUUAUAUCAUCAUCUGUGAUAACAGGACAAAGAGUUACUGGGGAAGUGGUUUUCAUAUAAAUCACGCUACCUAAAAAUAACUUUUCUGAGAAUAAUGGAGAUGUGAAUUAACCACUUGUUGUUAUAGCUGGUCAUUUGAUAAGUUAUAGUUUCAGAGGAUUUCAUCUUUUCAGACUAGCUCUGCUACAAAUGACGCUUUGCAUAAACUCAGCCUAUCAGCUGUUACAUGCAUAUAAGAGAAUAUCUACAUCAACUACACUUUAAUUGUGUGAAGGAAGUGAUUGUUUCAACACUAUUUUCAAUGACUGUUGAUUGAGACACAUGGCAGAAUCUUAACUAGCACUCCAUGUGUGACACAUUGGAUAUAGCUCAUCUAUCAUGGCAACAGCUAGGCGUUCGAGUCAAGCUCCUGACACUUCUCAGACCGUGUCUCAGUCCCCCACCAGCACGGACCGUAAACUUCUUGAUAAAGUUCUCAGGAGACUGGACAAACUGCAUAAACUGAGCACCAACCCCAGGUUGGGUCUUAAAAACAGCCCGCCGUACCUUCCCGAACUAGUGUCGGAGACCGCCAUCCACCUGACAGAAGUAUGGGCUCCCUACAGGGGCUCCAUGAUGGCCGUGCCACGAGGGGACGAGGGUGAUUAUCUGAGGAUCCACGUUCGACACCUGCUGGACAAGGCAGAUAAAGCUGUGCUACUGUUCAAGGAUGGCAAGGAGAAGAUGUUUGAAGAGACAUCAAGCUACAGGAGAAAUCUUACUAAGCUGUCACUGCUGUUCAGCCACAUGUUGAAUGAACUACAAUCUUUGUUUCCUGGGGGAAGAUUUCAGGGUGAUACUUAUAGAAUUACAAAGACAGAGGCCAAAGACUUCUGGAGGAAAGCCUUUGGACACAAAUGUAUAGUGCAAUGGAACAUUUUUAAACAGCAGCUGAGGAGGGUUCAUUACUUAGAAGAGGGAAUGGAGGCCAUGGCUUUGAAGUCCACAGUUGAUCUCACUUGUAACGAUCACAUAUCCAUCUUUGAGUUUGAUAUUUUCACCAGGCUUUUUCAGCCCUGGUCAACUUUGUUAAGAAACUGGAAUCAUUUAGCAGUAACUCACCCAGGAUACAUGGCUUUUCUCACCUACGACCAGGUCAAGGUCCGACUAGAGCACUACAGACACCGUCCUGGCAGCUACAUCUUUCGUCUCAGUUGCACACAAAUGGGUCAGUGGGCGAUUGGUCAUGUGACCAGUGAUGGCAACAUUGUGCAAACCAUUCCCCAAAACACACCUCUUUACCAAGCACUCAUACAAGGUUUCAGAGAGGGCUGCUAUUUGUAUCCUGAUGGGCAUGAUGUAAACCCAGACCUCACCAGCCUGUGCAGUUCGACUCAGAAGGGUCGAGUCAAAGUCACAGAGGAGCAGUAUGAAUUAUACUGUGAGAUUGGCAGCACAUUUCAGCUCUGCAAAAUCUGCACAGAACGAGACAAGGACACUCGCAUUCAGCCCUGUGGGCAUCUGCUGUGCAAGCCCUGCUUGACUGGCUGGCAGAAGUCAGACGGGCACACGUGCCCCUACUGCCGCUGUGACAUCAGAGGCACAGAGUCCAUCCUCAUUGAGCCCUACCAGCCAGCGAGAGACAGGAGGGCAGGGGGGAAGGAGGAAGAGGAGGAAGACGAAGAUGAGGAGGAUGAUCAUGAGGAUGUGGAGCUGGUGAUGAAAAAACUAGCUUUUAUGAAAAAGAUAUCACAGGAGGAGUAUCAAGUUCCUCGUUCCAGUCUAUCACCCCCCCCUCUUCCUCCCAAAACACAUUCACUUUCCCCGUGUCCAUCUCCCAAACCGGCCUCCAGAUCCUUGAGCAUAGGCACACAGAAAGUCAAACAUGGUUCCUGGUCAGAAAACAUGCUGAGACAAACUUCCUCAGAUAGAAGUGAGGAACUUUUGGAAGACUUCCGUCCCUCCUCUUUGCCAUGUGUCAGAAACAGUGGGGUGUCCUGGGAAGGGCCAGCAGAAAGUGUAAAAAGGAAAAGGAAAGAGAAAAGAAGGGGCAAUGAAGAAGAGGAAGAGCAUGACAGAGGUGUGUUGGAUUCAGAGCCUCCCUCAGGAAGUCAAAUUCAUGGGGAGAGAAAAGGAAACAAUUCAUCCUGACAGGAAAAAUCACUUCAGACGUCAGACUGUACAGUUUAUUGGCAAGACAAAGCAAUCUUGUGAUAUCUGCAACACUGGACAAACAAAAUGGUUCAAAGGACUCAAUAGUGAUCAGAUUCAGAACAUAUAUGCAUGCAGGAAUAUUAGCUCCAUUGACCUUUGCAUUGACAGCAGAAAACAAGCAUCUUACUGCUCACAUCUUUUUAAUACAUU